CUUGAGGAUCGGAUCCAUCCUCGGACGAUCAACCACAUUACAGUUACUUCCUUUACUCUUUGCUUAACCAUGCCUUACCCCAAAAUCAUGUGUUAAAUAAGUUGUUAAUUUAAUUUCUGUUGCUUUUCAAGUUUUAAAUUAAAUUGUUUAUUUUUGAUUAAUUUUCAUCUUGUUUAGUUUCUCCUGUUAAUCAUGAGUGAAGAUGUUGAUUGUUUACCUUCUGCAACUUCGAGUCGUAAAUUGUCUCUAACCGAGAAUGGACAUGAUAAGGUUGAUGCUCUUCCAGCCUAUAUGAAAAUUACAUGGCUUCAUGCUUUUCUCCCAUUUAUUUCCCUCAGCAUUUACGUAUACGACAUUGGAUAUAAUAUUGCAGUUGCUGUCUUUCAUUAUUCAAAUAAAGAUUAUUGGUAUUUUGGUUUAACAUUAACUUUCAUAUUGAUUCCAACUCUGGUGAUGACCGGCAUAAGUUGGCGUUGGUAUGUUUUGGAUGCUCGUAAACAGGAAAUUGUCCAAUACAAAAAUUUAAAAUUAAUUUUUAUCCUCCAACGAUUGGGACUAUUUUCAAGAUAUCUUGAGUCAAUUUUUCUUACAAUCUACUUUAUCAUCGCAAAAGACACUUCAGAGAAGAAAGAAUGUUACACGUUUGUGGUUUAUGCUGACACAAUUGCAAACAAAUUAAGGUUUUUUGGAUGUUUAAUGGGAUCAGCACCUCAAUUGGUGUUACAAAUAUAUAUACUUGCCUUACAAAAUCCACUCUAUGGAGAUAACCGUUUCAUGUUAUUCACUCAGAUAAAUUCCUGUUUAGCAUCGCUUGUCUCUCUUUCCUGGUCUUUGGUGUCUUACCAACGCUCUUUAAGACUUUCCUUACCAAAUAAAGUUUCCCUCACAUGGCAAGGUAUUGCUGUUCAAUUCCUAUGGAGAUUCUCUGUGAUCGCAGCUCGAGUAUUAGCUUUAGCAUUAUUCGCAGCCAUCUAUAACUGGUACAUCAGUAUUGUUUGUGGCGUUCAUUGUAUCAUCAUGUUUGCAUGGAUUGUUUCAAUGAAAACAUCAUUUUGCGAAAAUCGUUGCGAAGAAUUGGGUUACAAUGCUGUUCUUGCCGUUAUGUAUAUUUUCUGUUACUUUAACCCGGUGGAUAGUCCAACUCGUUAUCGCUACGCUAUUUAUUAUACUUUUAUGUUUUGUGAAAAUACUCUUCUUAUGACUCUAUGGUUUACCAAAGCUGAACCACAUCUUUGGUAUCGUAUACCAGCCUUUGUGGGUCACUACAUGAGCUUCUUCAUUGGUCUUCUAUAUAUGUUAGUUUAUUAUCUCGUGUAUCAUCCUUCUAAAAGUUGUACCCUAGAAAUCUAGAUUCAACUGACCGUCAACAGCCCAAAGACUGAGCGUAUCGAAGACUCAGGCAAUUGAAAAAACUCUCUUUGAUGUAGAGAAUCAACCACGAAAAGGACUGAGUUGAAUAUUGUAGCUCGAGUGAAUAACAGAAGCUAUUACUAAUAGCUUCUCUUAUCACCAGAUAACAUUGAUAUAAGUUAUUCUUGUCAUUAUACUGUUGCGGUAACCAUUGAUAACGAUAAUUGUAGUUUGAAAUAGUUCUAUUUCAUUCAUCAGUUUUCAUUUUGCUCAAUAAAAAUAUGUUGAUACAUCGCAUCCAAUUGAAUCGAA